UCAGAGUGAUGCGAGAUUUUCAAGCGGCGCUAUCUUUUUAUGUGUGUAUGUGUGUGUGUAGCAUACAGUCAGUUGUGGAUCGCGGGGCAGUGCGUGUGUUAGCACACUAGUAGCGAGGGAUUACUUACUGAAAAACCAUCGGGACCUACGCAAUUUUUUUUUUUACUCGUGGUGUCUAAACGUGCCAAAUUUUCUUUGAAAUAUUUCCAUCAUGUCUGGAUACAGCUGUCGAGGGUUUAUUGUGGUGUGUGCUUGUUUGUUUUUAUUCCCACAUUUUUCGCUGGCCGUGAACUCGUGCUCCUCUGUGGCUCAGGUGUACAAUUCGAAAGGAGUUGGUCCAGCUAAUGACGUACCUGUGUCCCCUAUCUCAGAGCCCCUGCUAUCUGCCUGUGCCCACUCCCAACGGCUAGAGAACGGUUCCACCUGUUGCACCCUGGCCAUGGAGGAGACUUUCCUCCUGGCCUCAGGGAACCACCUCCGCACACAGAUCCGGGCCAUCAACCAGAAACUUAAAGACCGGAUUACGAUGAGCUUAAACUUGUACAAAGAACAUUUGCGCCAAACGUUACAAGACGCUCAAACACGGACCUCUGACAAACUGACCACGUGGUAUAAAAUACCCCGAGAAGCCCACAAAAAAGUCCUCGACUCGUUUUUCCACGGUCUGCGCCGGUACCUGUUGCACGAGAGCGAGACCCGGAUGUCGGAUACCAUGAAGGAAUUUUUCAAGAACCUGUUUCCUCUCGUGUUCGAGUACGUCAUCGGCGACCCCUCCAAGACGGCUCACCUUGGCGAAGAGUUCUAUGGCUGUCUGGCCAGGAACUACGAUUCGAUCAAACCUUUUGGCAACAUUCCACUGUACCUGGAGAAACAGGUCACCUACGCCUUCCAGCGGGCCCGCAUCUUCACCGAGUCGCUCAACGUCAUGGUGCACACGGUCAACGUCACCGACCACGUGGACGUCGACUCGGAGUGCCGGCGCGCCGUCACCCGUCUCGAGUUCUGCUCGCUGUGCAGCGGGGAGGCGGAGGUGAAGCCGUGCCGAGGGCUGUGUCUCAACGUGAUGAGGGGCUGCCUGGCCAAGGUGACCGAGCUGUCGUCUGCCUGGAUAGACGUGGUGUCCGGGUUCCAGAACCUGCACCUGGUCAUGGUCAAGCAGCACAACGCCGAGGAGUUCGUCUCCUAUAUGGACGGCAACGUCACGGACGCUCUGCUCCACUCGAUGGACGACAGCCUGCGGAUCUAUAACGAGACACUGAGACUGUGCAACAAGUCCUCCAACGACACCAACAAAGAAAAAGUCUUCAAGAAGUUCACUAACCCCGCCCACCACACCCCCCACACCCCCUCCGCCCACCUCCAGGCCACCCGUAACGACAUCAGCACCCUGGUCCAGCAACUAGAGGACUCCAAGUUCUUCCUGCAGCAACUCGCCGAUGGUCUGUGUCGCCGGCCCUCGCUCUACGACCAGGAGAUGCAGAGUGACACGUGUUGGAAUGGAACAGCUGUUGGAAA